AUCAGAAACAUCAAGUCUCAUUCUAUCUUUCAAAACACAAAAUCUCCUGAACCAAUCGUCAAUAUGAAGUUUGCUCUCGUUCUUGCUACUACUGGGCUCGUCUUUGCUGCUCCUGGCACAAAGCUCACUGCGAGGGAUACCUCACCUCUUGUCCCUCGUUCUGCGCGAAGAGCAAGAUACAGCUCCGCCCCCAACCAGAGACUCACGUCUCUUGAUUCUGUCAGCGAUGCCAACGUUCAGUACUCUGGAAACUGGGCCGGAGCAGUCCAGAUUGGCAGUGGCUAUAACAAGGUGCAGGGCACUAUCACCGUCCCUGAAGUGAGCGGUUCCAAUGGUGCUGCUGCCUCUGCCUGGGUCGGCAUUGACGGAGAUACUUGCCAAACUGCUAUACUGCAGACGGGUGUCUCUUUCUAUGCCGACGGUUCCUUCGACGCUUGGUACGAAUGGAUUCCCGACUACGCCUACAGCUUCAGCAACUUCGACGUCUCUGUCGGUGAUCAAAUCCGCAUGACCGUUGACGCAUCAUCCAAGACGAAGGGUGUUGCUACGCUGGAGAACCUUUCUACAAACCAAAAGGUUACUCACAGCUUCACCAACACCCCAUCUACUCUUUGCGAGACCAACGCUGAGUGGAUUGUUGAGGCUUUCCAGGAGGGCGGCAGCCAAGUCGACCUUGCCGAUUUUGGUUCCGUCACCUUCACGAACGCUGUUGCUUCCGGAAGCCGCGGUACUACUGGUCCUUCGGGAGCACAGCUCAUUGAUAUUUCUUUAGACCAGGGUCAGACCGUUGAGGCCGCUGCUUCUAUCAGCGGCAACACAGUAACAGUUACGUAUGUUGGCAAUUAGUAUAACUACAACUUCACUGGACAAUGUACUGAGGGAGGUCAUGAGAGUGGAUGAGGCUGUUAAUAAGGAGAUAAGGGAUAGCAGAGGAGUAAAGUAUUAUAUUUAGUAGAGUAGAGAAUAUAAUAAGUCUAUAUUAUU